AUGCACGAACAAACUUCAUCACCCAGAAGUCCUAGUAAUUCGGAAGUGCGUAGACGCAUAGACAGGAAGACGCAAAGACGCCACCGCGCCAAAUUCAGAAGAAAACAUACCUCAAGGAAAGAGGUAACGUUAACAUAACAUUCUGUGAUCUAAAAGUGUUUCAGGCCCUUGACCUCCAAGAAGCGUGUAUCGUUUUUAUCGUUUUUGAGAAGCUAGCCGUGCAACCUGUGUGAGUCGUCAAAAUUUGCCUUUGACUAUGUAACAUCGCAGUGACAAUGGGUGACGAUUACCUAUCGGCGUCCGUGUCCGCGGUGGGAGAGGCUACGUACACACUGGCCGGAGAGGAGGACAGCGACGCGCCAGCCGUCUUCUUCUGCGUGAAGUGCAGACUGCCCCUGGGCGAUUCUUUCUCGUGGUCCGGGACGGACGAGCAGCAGAACCACAUACUGCUACGGAGAGUCAGCAACAACGUGGCCGUCGGCCGGGAGCCUCUCUUCGCUGGAAAGUACAAGAAGAUGGGCUGUGUGAUCCGGACCCUGAGCUGUCUCGGCUGUUCCUCGCCGAUCGGAAUCAUGUACGUGUCGACGCCCAAGGAACUGGACCAUCGGCGGUCUCUCUUCAGCAUGGACGUGGCCAGAAUCGACAGCUAUGUAGUGGGGUCCUCCACCCAACAGAGGGCGACGUUGAGCUCCGAGAAGACGCCUGUUACCCUUGAGUACAGAGAGGGCGUUCAACAGCAGCUCAAUGAGGUGAAGGCUCUAACCGUGGCGAUAGGACAGAGGCUGUCUGAGAUCGAGGCCAACCUGCAGAACAAGUCCGUAUGACCACGAUGGCCUCUACAACUCUGCUCACCUUCACCAGUGGUGACUUUGACAACCCAAACAUACAACUAAUGUGACUUUGUCUGAGAUCAGUGGUGACGUUUGCAGCCUCGACCCUUAUGACUUUCACUGGUGUUGACUUUUUCAACCCCUAUUGGCCAUUUCUGAUGACCUUCAUCGCUAACUCUCCGGCUAAGAUACGACCCUCUGAUGACCUUCACAGUUGUGGCAUUAACGACUUUUAUUUACACCCGCUCUGCUUCACAUUGUUGUGUCACAAAUACACAGCAGUCAUUUGUACAGGUCUUAGAAAGCAUCAUUUAAAUACAUAGCAGUCAUUUGUACAGGUCUUAGAAAGCAUCAUUUAAAGUGUGAAUUUAAAAACAAAUGUGUUCAAUUCUGUUAUUAAAGUUCAUGGAUUGUGAAAAUGUACAACAUACACUGGUCAACAUACAAAACACAAAUAAUAAUAAUAAUAAUAAU